AUGGCAACAGCAGCUGCCGACAGCCCCCACCAGACGGAGGUGCAGGUUCGGCUUUGCAACUCUGCGGCGAAGGUGCCUUUCUUGCCGGACGAUGGCCUGGACGCGCUCAAGUCGCGUGCUGCGGGGGCCUUUGGACUCAAGGCGCCCUUCGACAUCAUCGGUCCCGAGGGGACCCGGCUGGCCACCGAUGCGGAUGCCGCCCGCGCACUGCUCCGCGGCCCGGGUGAGCUGGCGAUCAGCACCGGGGAGGAUGCGCUGCUGGACCUGGAGCGUGCUCGAGAGGAGUCUGGCGUCUUGCGCUGGGCACUGCUGAGGCAGAUCCUGGCAGACAUGCGCACGCAAACCGCGGAGCUCUCCGUCGCCCUCAGUGAGAAUAAGCACGCCGCCACCCUGCUCCAGCAGCAGCUCAUGCGUGAGCGUGGAUCCCGUGAGGCAGCCGAAGGCGGCCUGAAGAGUGAGAUCGAUGAGCUCAAGGAGCGGCUUGCCCUGGAGGUCCACCGCCUUCGGCAGGAGGUCGGCCGGAACACCACUGAGGUGGUCGCGAGCCUUCAGUCCCAGGUCCAGGCAGUGCAGGCGGGGCAGACGGAUGCCCUUGAGCAGAAGGUGGGCGCGUUGAAGGAGGCUUUGCAGGCUCAGUCUGAAGCUCGCCAGCGAGAGGCCGACGAGAGUCUGCGCUGCUUCGGGGAGGUGCGUGCGAUGAUCAACAGCGAGGCCGCCAGUCGAAGCCGGCUCGCCGAAGAAAGCAAGGCAGACAUGCGCAACCUGGCUCACGAGCUCAAGUCGGAGUCGGACCGCCGGUUGCAGUUGCAGCAGCGGAUGGAAGCUCUGGGCUCCGAAGCCAAGUCGGAUCUCCAGCAGGCCGAGCAGCGCCUGAAGGCGGCGGUGGCCGCGGCCCAGACCUCUGUGUCCGAGGUGACUGCCAAGCUCCAGGUCGAAGCCGCAUCCCGUGCAGCGGAGUUGGGGCGUGUCGACGACGCCCUUCGAGGACACAAGGCUGAGAUGGACUCUCAAAUCGCGACCCUCCAAAGCGCCAACCAAGAGCGCAUCAACAGCCUCAAGGAGCUCGACCCUGCCAUGAAGGCGCUGGUUGCAGAGGAGCGCGAGGCGGCGCAGAAGCAGCACCUGCAGCUCCUGGAUCGCCUCACGCAGCUGACCGUCCGGGUGGAUGCCGAGAUCGCAGACAGGCGCCAGGGCGAAGAGCGCGCGGGCGGCAAGAUGGAGACCCUGCAGGAAGCCCUGGGCCGUGAGCAGCAAGCCCGGGAGGUGGCGAUGAGCGAGAACGGUCGGGCAGUGGGCGCCCUGGCGUCUCGCCUGGACAGCCAGGAGAAGGCCUUGCCGGAGCUGGGCGGCGCAGUCAAGGCAGAGUUAGCCAAGUUGGAGGCCGCGAUGGCGAGCUUCAGGCAGGAGGAGCGGACGGCCCGCGAAGCGACGUCCGCAGAUCUCUCCACAUCCCAGGGACGGAAGCACGAGGCAAUGACCGAGGAGAUCCGGAGGGAGCAUGCGGCCCACAAGGAGGAAAGCCGCAAAUGGGCAUUGACAAUGGUGGAGCGCCUCAGCGAGGACCUCCGCAAGGAGCGUGAGGCGCUGUUCGAAGAGCUGAACCGGCGAUGUGAGGAGGUGGCCAAGCUCAGCGGCGAUCAGAUGCGAGCCGAGCUGGCGGUGGAGGUGAAGAGGUUGGAUCAAGCCCUGCCGGGCUUGGAGGAGAAGAUCAAGGUGCUGUUGGCUCAGGAGCGGUGCCACCACGAACACCAAGCUCAGGUGGCAGCGCAGGAGGUGAAGGCAGCGCUAGAGGCGCACGGGGAGCUGGCCGAAGCCCUCGAGAGCGAGCAGCGCCUCGUGGUCCAGCGCCUCACCGACGGGCUGCAGCGCGAGGGCGCGGCGCGCCAUGACACCCUGAACCGGCUGCAGGUUCUUGAGGUCGACGUGCAGAAGGUGCGUAGCCACCUCCCCAUCCUCUUCGCUCCAUCCUCUGCCUUCCGCUACGAGCUCUGGCAGCCAAUGUCUGGAGCGGUCGAGGGCGGAUUCAGCGCCUGGUGGCAACUGGAUGAGGAGCCGCGCAGGGAGCUGCCGGUGGAGAGGACCUGGAUCGUGCGCCACAUCGGCCCACUCCGGGAGCAGAAGGAGACCCGGUCCAGGGCGACACCGCGAAGCAGUGCGGCCUGCUUCAGCGACUGGGGCCCCCCUGACUUGGCCAGCAACCUCGAGUUGGCGCAGAGCCCACUGCCCCUGUCGGAGUGUGGCAUGCGCGGGCAGCCGGUUCAGACCAUAAGCCCGGCUCUGGGGGCUGAGACUUCCGUGAAGCACGUGCAGGAGGUGAUCCGGGCCGAGAAGGCGCGGCGCGAGCGGCCCGCGUGCGCGGAGCCGGAGACUCUGGAGGAGGAAGUUCCGGAGGCUCCUGCCCCGGAGGAAGCGCCCGAAGCUUCGGAGCCACAAGAUGUGCCGGAGACUUCCCGCAAGCUGAGCCUCCUCGAGCAACUGCUGCAGCAGCAAGUCCUCAACGAGUCCUCCCUACGACGAGAUCUGCCUCAGCAGACCCUGCAUCCCGGUACGGCGCUCCGAGACCGGAACUGCCGCCCCCCCACAGCGGAGCGCCACGCCACGGUGACGGGACCCUGCGUCGGCUGUGGCACGCUCCACGUCGUCAGGGAGGAGUUCCCAGAGAACUUCCCGAGAACUGCCAGUGCGCCAUCCAGGAGUCGCAGGAGCAGCGAGCCCGUUCCCAAAGUCGCGAACGUGGGUGCCAAGGUGAAGCUGGACAGACUGAUCGCCAACCGUGCAGCCACACGUGCUGCUGCAAGCACUUCGUCCUGCCUCCGAGCCGCCUGCAAAGUACAGGCAAAAUCCGGCUACCAGAUCGUCGAGAGCGUGAUCUCCUCUCGGCAGUCCGAAUCUGGCGAUGCAGCUGAGGAGUCGAUGGUUCGGCAUUGCGUCUGGUGCAGCUGCCCGUGUCCACUGUGGAGGUUUGACCUGCGCAAAGUGAGACCGACCCCCCUGGGUGGGUCGUGGUAG